AAGAAAAGCUCGGGAGGGGGAGGUGUUUGUUUAGUUUGCCGGAAAUGUCCACUACUGAAGGUGGAAAGCGAAGUGACCGCAGCGUUCUCAAAGAAAGGCGUUCAAACGUCUAACAGGAAAUGGCGCAUUGUAGGCUGAUAGUUGGCUUUGCAGAGGGUGAAAGUCGGCGCUCGUGUGGUAAAAAGUUCACCGCUCACACGAAGCACGUCCUUCCCCCUCGUUUGGGGAGGGGCCCGAAGAAGGAGCCGCGUCCGUUCGCCUGGUGCACGCCGGGAGGAAGGGCCGGCGCACAAUGGUUUGGGGUCGGAGGCGAUUCAGAGGCGGCCCCAGAAGCGCCUCCAGAACAUAUAAGAAGGAAUGCUGGAGUAGGAUCAGAUGAAGGAGUGAUCAUUGGUGGCAGAUAAAUCAAGAAUUUAAGAUAUGCAGAUGAUACCAUGUUACUGAUAGAAAGCAGCAAUCAAUCGAUCGAUCAAUCAAUGGCAAUGAAUCCUGAUGAAAACUGAAGGAAAAAAUGCUGAACAUUAAGAAAACAGAAAUCAUGACCACAGAAGAAUUACAGAACUUUAAGGUUUCUGUGCUGACAGGCAUACCAGCCUUGUAAACAAAGUCGUAAAAUGGUGCGGACUAGGAGCAUGGAGGAAGAAGCACUGUGUGGCUUAUCAGUAGCGAUGUCCGAAGUACUAUCCAUAAGUCUUGUGACAUUGGCAAUGACACAUCUCAAGUAGCAUACCCUGAUAAUGGCAAUAGCCACUAGCUUGGGCAGCAGUCAUGCAGCUUACGACAGCCUUCUUUCAGGAGACGUAGUACAGAAGAUUAAAAGAGUGCAGGUUGGAGAAGGCUAUCCACAAAGCAACACACAUGUUUACACGUAAACAGCAAAGAAGUUAAGAUUCUGGCUCUGGUCCCGUGACUGUUUCAGAAGCCUCCUCAUCUACUACAGGAGUUUCCUGUUUGUAGUUGCAAAGAUACAGUUUUGCAGUUCAAGAACCCAAAUUGACUCAACAUUGGGCCAAGAAAAAAGAGCUCGCGGAACCUCUAAGGUUCUAAAUGUGAAAGUCCAUUUCAUUUUCUAUUUGAGUGAAAGUGUCUUUCUUAAGGAGCAUGAAAGAGAAAGCAACCUUGCAACCAGUGGUCCUGGGAUCAAGAUCUCUGUCCAGCAAAAUGAUUUGUCUCUCCUAACUAGCCAUCCUUCCUGCCUUCACAAAAGGAAACCAGAGACUGAUGACCCUUGAGACAGCAAGAUAUAUAAAAAUGAAUGCAGAUUUGUGUAUCUUUUGCUGGAUUCCUCUUGGUGUUAUAAGUGCAAUUAUGAUCAUUUCAUUACUGACAAAUAUUUCAUACUGCUUAAAAGAAAAGAAACGAAAAGGUAAAAUAUAUGAAAAUUACCAUGAAUAUGGCCCAAGCAAUGGUGAGGUUUACAAUGAAGAAUGUCCUGUUUAUGACAAUGUCAACCGCCGGCAUCAAGAGAUGCUAAAUGAAAGCUUCUACGAACAAAUGAGUGCCCACCCUCACACAUCCACCAAUGAAGUACAGCAAACAGCUGAGCGGCAGAUGUGCUAUGCUUCCCUGGAUCACAGUAUCAAAAGGAAACACAAAAAUCUUCAAAAAAAGAAAUAUCCUAAAGUAGGAAUGGAUCAAGACCAGCUUCCUAGGAGCUGCAUACCCUCAGAUGCCUGCAUUUAUCUCAACAGUGAACAGCUGAAUGCUGAGAAUAAAUUACCAGAAAAUGCUCCUCAGGAAGACCCUUUUGAAGUAUUUGGUUUUAUUCAUCCUACAUACAAUGCCAAAUUUUAAUAGGGACUUGGCUCACCCAAGCACUGUAUAGCUGAUAAAAUGGGUAUUCUUCUAGUUGUAAAAAACUACCUGGGCUUAGAACUUGGAAGUUUUGACUAAUUGACAAGGAAGGAUUCCAGAGACAACUGCAAGUUCAUCCUUUGUGCCAUUAUUAUGGAUGCAUUUGAAUGAUAUAUUUUGCUUCCAAGAGAUCCAUGUUAACUCCGUCUCACGUGAAGUACCAGCACCUAUGUUUUGGGCAUAUUUUCUCAGUGUUACAGACAUGGUGGCAGUCACUGUGCAGUUUAACAUGAACAAAGCUGCUCUGAGGAAAAAGCUGCUCAGGUUUCAUUUCUGAAGUUCCAGCUAUAGUUCAAACAGUUGAUCAAGGACACUACCUAAAAGGUGUGGUGGUGAAGGGCAUGAGGCUGGUCUCUUCCCAGGCUAGAUAAGGUGUUGUGUGAACAGAUACAUUUGCAUGAGUACCUGAACACGGCAGAGGACUCAUCACAAGGCUGCUUGAGACACUCCCCCGAACAGGGUCUCCCUGUGACAGAGUUUAUGCAAAGGAGGCAGGUUCAUAGAGGAAAUUACCUUGAAAUAGAGAAGUUUGUGUUAGUCUUGCACCAAGUUGUCCCCUAGUACAAACCAGAGUGCAGAUGAUGUGACUAGCACCAGAUUUGUAUGUCAGAGUGUCAGUGGGGCCUUAGGAACUUUAAUAUUUUAAUAUUGCAAUACUGGAUUUGGUUUGAAUACUGGAAUGACUAACAGUGUUUUAAUUCUAAAUGUAAAUUUUGUCCAUCCUGCUGCAGGUAAUGUUUGCUACAUUAUGUGUGUAGAAACACCAUGCAGAAUUUAAGGUUUAAUUAGAGAAUAAUGUAACAGCUUUGGUUCAUCUAAUUAACACUUGUUCAGCUAGCAAAUUUAAUGUCCACAUAUGUUUAGUUUCCUGCUGGUAAGGACUACUAGUGUCAAUCCCCAUAACUCAAAGAGUGUGUAAUGUCUUAUACAUCUGAAUUUAAUUGUCUGCAAAAGCAGCGGUAAAUGAGGUAUAAAAACAAAUCUCCAAGGAAGAAUUUGAUAUUCUUUUUGGUAUUUAAAUGAUUAGUAUUGUCUUUUACAAAACUGUUUCAUAAUCUAUUCUAGAUAAACCAAUAUUCCUUAUUAUUCCCCAGAUAUGCCCAUUUAGUCCCAUCCUGCCUUGUUAUAAAUUGACUUAACACAUUUAAUAGUCUACUACUGCAGCAGGAGUUUUUGGCAGAUGUUAUUGUCUGCCAACUGAAAUCAGUGGGUGACAUUUAAGUUUGAACUGUUGAAAAAUGAAGUCCGGUUAAUUUACUUGGAAUUACGGCUAAUGUGACCAUGUACUCCUAGUAGACUAACUCCAGGGCUUACCAGUAUGGCCUUAGUCUAAACUGCAUAUGUCAGAACCUUUCCCAUUCACUUAAUGGUAAAUAGAGAUGGCAUUUGAUCUAAUUUUUCACAAUAGCAAACAUCUAGUGCUAAAACGUUUAUGGAAAGUAACCCUCACCUAAUGAUCCAAUCCAGAAAAUUAAGUACUGACAUUGUUAUUAAUUCAUGCUUGAUCUGUAGAAUUACGUAAAUACCAGUGUGCAACCACUGGCCCACCUGGCAGCUCUUUGUUUGCCAAAUUGUGUGCUGCCAACUGUGCAUCCAUCAGUGAUUCAGGAUAAGUCUGCACUCAACUGAAAGCAGUGUAAAACUUUAGCCAGAGUUGUUUUAUUUGGGAGUCAAGUGCAAAUUUAAGACCAUAGCAGAAAUGACCUAUUGCUACAUCAAUAACAACAACGAUAGCAGUGAAAAAUCAUAUAGUUACUUUUUAUCUGCGCAUGAUCUAUACUGGGCCCUGGUGUUUACCUAAAGAAAUGAGGACAGGUCAACAGAGGAAGAGGGUGGAAACCAACUAACACUUAAGUCCCAAGAGGAGAAAUUUUCAAAUGCAACUGGAACUGACUAGAAUUGUAUAUAUGUAUGUCAGGUGGGAAGUUUCUGUAUAAUAAUUUCUAAUAAAAUGCUGGCAAAACA